GGGAAAUUUCAGCAUCAACUCCCCGCUAGCCAUAAUAAAGUCCCUGCCUGGGCGAUACAGACAACAUGCCUCAGAACGAGUAUAUGGAAAGAUGGCGAAAGCUACACGGUCGCCGUCUUGAUCAUGAGGAACGAGUUCGCAAGCGUACCGCCCGUGAGGGCCACAAGGCCUCUCAGGAUGCCCAGAACCUGCGUGGUCUCCGAGCCAAGCUGUACCAGCAGAAGCGACAUAAGGAGAAGAUUCAGAUGAAGAAGGCCAUCAAGGCGCACGAGGAGCGCAACGUCAAGACCGCGGACGAGAAGGAGCCCACAACACCUAUGCCCUCUUACCUGUUGGACCGCACAAACCCCUCGACUGCCAAGGCUCUCAGCAGCGCCAUCAAGAACAAGCGAGCUGAGAAGGCGGCCAAGUUUGCCGUUCCCCUGCCCAAGGUCCGAGGUAUCAGCGAGGAGGAGAUGUUCAAGGUUGUCAAGACCGGCAAGAAGAUCCAAAAGAAGGCCUGGAAGCGCAUGGUCACCAAGCCUACCUUUGUUGGACCCGACUUCACUCGACGCAACCCCAAGCACGAGCGCUUCAUUCGACCUAUGGGUCUCCGUUAUAAGAAGGCCAAUGUCACACACCCCGAGCUUGGUGUCACUGUCCAGCUCCCCAUCAUUAGCGUCAAGAAGAACCCCCAGAACCCUCUUUACACCCAGCUGGGUGUUUUGACCAAGGGUACCGUUAUCGAGGUCAACGUCAGCGAACUUGGUCUCGUCACCGCCGGUGGAAAGGUCGUCUGGGGUCGCUAUGCGCAGGUUACUAACAACCCGGAGAAUGAGGGCUGCAUCAACAGUGUCUUGCUGGUGUAAUGUGCUCAACGGCGUUGCCGCACAACGUUAAGAGGGUUCGUUUGUCUAAGUUCGAAUGCAUGUAUUGGCGCCAGGGCGUUUAUUGGAUUACCGCACGAAAAAGAAUGGCCAUGAUGGUAGAUGGUUGGUAAACGGGUUGAUUGUCGACUGAAGAUUCCCAGUUGUGAUGAAGAAGACUCACUCGAGUUAUAGGCCACGCUCUGCUGAGGCAGAUCUUGAUCAGGCCGUAGAUAGAUGAAUACAAGAUCUAGAAGGUACUUAAGUAGCAGCGUCUAUUGCUACAAGUACUAAUUUCGAUCCUUUCACAUACAUAUGAGCUACUUCUAUUUGCGGGGGCGAGAAUUGUGCUGUAACUAAUUGGACAGCUGAG